AAUGCUUAUACUCGGUUUUGAUAACCAUAAAGGAACUCGAAUAAAACAUUACGCACAUAUUCUCAACGUAACUUACAUUCACCUCAAGUAUAGGCCUACAAUGGGAAGAGACUUUUGGUCAGCUGAAGCGUACCAAAAAAACGCUGCUUUUGUUCCUAAACUCACUAAGGAGAUCGUCCAAAAGCUAGCUUUAACUGCAUCGGAUGUUGUCCUUGACUUGGGAUGCGGUGAUGGAGUCUUAACUCGAGAUUUGGCAUCACAGUGUAAACACAUCAUUGGGAUUGAUUCCAGUUCAUCAAUGAUUCAAUCCGCAAAGGAAAAAGGAUUAGAAGCAUAUGUGAUUCCUGGAGAAAAUCUUGCAGGCGCAAUUGAAUUUCCAUCGGAAGGGUUUGACGCCGUCUUUAGUAACGCCGCUCUACAUUGGAUUUUGCGGAAUCCCAACCAAAGAGGUACUGUGUUUCAGGGAAUAGCUCGUGUUCUUCGUCCAGGUGGCCGCUUUGUUGCAGAAUGCGGAGUAUUUGGAAAUGUUUCAGAAGUAAUUACUAGUAUCUAUACUGUACUAUUGGACCACGGCAUCCCUAAAGAACAGAUCGAUGAAGCAAACCCUUGGUAUUUUGGCACUGAGCAAGCAUAUACGAAAAUGCUGAAAGAAGCUGGGUUUGAAAUCACCUUCAUGGAAAACGUCAGUCGUCCAACUUAUUUAGAUCGCGACGUUCGCCAAUGGCUGGACACAUUUGCGCAUACCUUUUACGAUGCAUUUCCUGACUUAAAGGAAACUCUUCGAGAGCGCGUUUAUCAAGCCUUGCGAUGGGCGAAUUGCACAGAAACUGGAGAUUGGUACUUACUAUAUCGUCGUUUACGCUUCGUGGCAGUGAAGAAUUAAUUGAAUUAUAGUCUUGCUUCAUUUUGACCUACCUGUGAAAUCGAAUGUUUGAGCAUCUGAAUUGACAAUUGUCGUAACAAACUAGUAGUACGUUUUUUUUAUGGAAUAUAUGACUUUUAAAGAUAGAAGAUAAUCCCAAUUAUGUGGAGAUUUGGGUGUCAUAAAGAUCAGUAUCCUAGAACGAUUUAUCAUGAAUAAACCUCUUCUGCAAAGUAUA